AUGAAAGCCGAAAAACAAGAAGGCAACCUAAGGUUUGUUAAAUAGCUUUAAUUAUAGUUAUAAAGUUUCCAAAAAAUAGUUAGGUUUUAAUAUUUUUAUUAUAUUUUUCACUAAAUCUUUUUGUCGUCUUCAUACUUUAACAAUUAAUUUUAGACCUGUUUUAAAGCUCGACGUAUUCGUACUAUCUCAAUUAGGUAGCCUACCCGGAUUUCCAAACCUCAUAGCUGCUUACCGUACGCCUUACUACAAGUUUGCUGUAAUGCAACUGGUUGGGCUAGAUUUAAAUCGGCUUCGUAGAGCAAUGCCGGGGAAAAGGUUUACCUUAACCACUGCAUUAAAAAUUUGCCAGCAAACGUUGAAAAGAAUUGAAGCGUUGCAUGAAUUAGGCUGGCUUUGUCGUGACAUUAAAGCCCCAAAUUUUGCUAUUGGUCUUGGUGACAAAGACGGUGUUGUGUAUAUGCUUGAUUUCGGAUUCGCUCGGCGCUACCGGUAAUUUUUUACAACUUCAAAAUUACAAACUUUAACAUAAAUGUUUUUUAUGAAUUUCAACUUUUUAAUUUUUUAGUGACAAACAUGGUAACCAUCUUCCUCCAAGAACGGAUGCUCCAUUGCUAGGCACGAUUCAUUACGCUUCCCUGGCUUCGCAUAUGAAUCAAGAACAGUGUCGUAGAGAUGACCUGGAAAGCUGGUUGUACAUGUCAGUGGAACUAUGCUCUGGGCCGUUACCGUGGUCAAAGUUGGACCCCAUGAAACAUCACAAAAUAAUUUGCGAUUGGAAACAGUUUAUUCGUGUUCACGGCCGCGAAAGCUUCUUCAGCAAUUGUCCAGAAGAGCUGGAUCAUAUACUUUCAAUUAUCGACAGUAUUUCGUAAGUAUAAUAUUGAUUUUUGCGGAAUAAAUAAUUUUUGCAUAUCAAAAUUAUAAUUUUAGGCGUAAAUUAUAAAUUACUGUUUUCAGUUACACUGACCGUCCUCACUACGAAAUGAUUGCUUAUCAACUUCAGAAAGCUAUGGAUCGAUUGAAUUUAGACCCUAAAGCGCCAAUGGAUUGGCAACGAGAUUAUCAUGUUAAGGAAAAAGCCGAAUUUGUUGGAGACCUGGGACAAUCCGAUGCUGCAUCAAUUCUGAUGCAAGAAGCUAAAAAGCAGGAAGAUGCUCAACACAGACUUCUCGACGCAAUGCGUGGAGACGAAGAACGUGAUGUAAAGACGGCCCGAGAACCACCAUCACCAGAGAGAAAUUCAUUCGUCCGUAUGAUGACGAGCAGUGACGACACUAAAACUAUAGAAUACUGA